UCGAACCCACUACCCUGGCGUUACAAGCGCCGUGCUCUACCAGCUGAGCUACAGAGGUCACUGUCCUGGUGCGGUCACACCUGCUACCUGGGUUCAACCACAAAAUGGCGCAGAAGAUCGAGAACCACAUGCUGGUUCAUGGGGUCAAGUUCCUCCAUCACUACACACUUACUAAAGGUACAGUGGCUGGCGUUGAAGGGUUAUGUUGUCAAAUAUUGAUUAAUUGCAAAUAAAUGUAGUGUCUGUGUAUAUAUAUCUGAGCAGAUUGAAGCAGGCAGUCUCAAAGUGACUGCUGUCUCCACUGGUGGGAGGGAGACUUUACAGGAAGAGUUUAAUAUGGUACUGCUGGCUGUAGGAAGAGAUGCCUGUACCGGUAACAUUGGUCUUGACCACGUUGGGGAGAAAUACAAUCAGGAGUGACUACAACGUGACCAUCCUGCUUUCUACACUUCUUUCUGUUGGUUUGGAUGACAAAUUAAUAUGUGCGUGUGCAUUUAUGGCUUCAUCCAACAGGACUAGGAGGAUCUCUGUGAAUGAGAAGGAGCAGAGCAGUGUGGGAUAUGUGUAUACUGUGGGGGCGGUACAGGAGGGUUGUCCAUUGACCACAGCCCUCUCCAUGCAGGCUCUAUGGAGGACACAGGACAACGUGUGACUACAGUAACGUCCCCAUGGUCACUCCCAUGGAGUACGCUACCUGUGGGCUGUCUGAGGAGAAUGCUAUUCUCAAGUUUGGAGAGGACAAUGUGGAGGUGUACCAUCGCUACUACUGGCCAUUGGAGUGGACGGUACCUAGAAGGGACAAAAACUCCUGCUAUGCUAAAGUCAUCUGCCACAUACCUGACCAGGAGCGUGUGGUAGGUCUCCAUGUGAUGGGGUCCAGUGCAGGGGAGGUGAUCCAUGGCUUUGCUGUGGCUCUGAGGUGUGGUCUGAUCAAACAGCAGCUGGACACCACCGUGGGACUCAACCCUGUUUGUGCCCAGGUGUUAACGAACCUGACAGUAAUCCAGCGUGCCACUGACGCCAUGAUGGUGAGAGGGAACUGCUGAGGUUAGCCCCCUGCUGUCA